AUGGAAGAUCAAUUUUCUUCAAACGAGAAAGGAAUUAGCUUCUGGACACCAUUGGAUAAUGGAAUGAAAAGUUCAACAGCUUCAGAUGAUAUGUUUACCAACAUCUCUGAGCUGAUGAACUUCGACAGCUAUGCCGGUUGGUGCAAUGGUUCGUCGUCGAUAGCGGAUCAAACUCUGACUAAUGAUCUUUCAUCAUUUGCAUAUUCAUCACAUGAUGAUGGAUUGAAUUUAGUUGAACAUAUUGAUGGUUCAUUUUUCAUGACAGAAAUUGGUGGAAGUUACAAUGUUAUGGAUAGUGAAAAAGUACUAUUGCAACAGAUGGAAACUCAACUUGAGUUCUUAGAUAAUGAAAAUGAAACAAAUAAUAAUUUUGGUUCACAACAAGAACAAAAUGAUUCAUUUGAUAUGUGUAAUUACAUGAUAUCGAAAUCUCCGGGUUGGUCACUUGAUGAGAGAAUGAUGAAUGCUUUAUCAUUCUUUAAGGAAUCAGCUGGUGGAGGAAUAUUAGCACAAGUUUGGGUACCGAUAAAAUAUGGCGACGAAUUCGUCUUAACUACUAGUGAUCAACCAUAUUUGUUAGAUCAAAAGCUUGCAGGUUAUCGCGAAGUGUCGAGGUCGUUUACGUUUUCUGCGGAAAUGAAAACGGGAUCUUGUUGUCCUGGACUUCCCGGCCGCGUGUAUAACUCGCAUGUUCCUGAAUGGACUUCAAAUAUUGGUUACUAUCAUAAAUCUGAGUAUUUGAGAUUAGAUCAUGCAAUUAGUCACGAGGUUCGCGGUUCAAUUGCACUUCCUAUAUCUGAUAUGCACUCUGAAGUUUCAUGUAGUGCUGUGCUAGAACUUGUUACUACAAAGGAAAAAUCGAAUUUCGACAAAGAAUUAGAAUUUGUUUCUCAUGCACUCCAGCGUGUGAAUUUAAGGACUAUUACGCCUCCACGACUACUUCCACAGUGUGUAUCAAACAACAAAAGAGCUGCAUUAACCGAGAUAAUGGAUAUAUUAAGAGCUGUUUGUCAUGCGCAUAGAUUACCACUAGCACUGACAUGGAUUCCAUGUUAUUAUACCGAGGGAAAAGGCGAAGAAUCUGAGAAAAUACGAAUUAAAGAAGGCCAUACGAAAAGUUCUGAUGAAAAAUGUGUACUAUGCAUUGAAGAAUCGGCUUGUUAUAUAAAUGAUAAAACGGUAGGAGGAUUUGUUCAUGCGUGUUCUGAACAUCAUCUUGAGGAAGGACAAGGUAUAUCUGGAAAAGCUCUUCAAUCAAAUCAUCCGUUUUUCUAUACCGACGUGAAGGCUUAUGAUAUUACUGAAUAUCCGCUUGUUCAUCACGCGCGAAAAUAUAACUUGAACGCUGCGGUUGCAACUAGGCUAAGAAGUACUUAUACGAACGAUGAUGAUUACGUGUUAGAAUUCUUUCUUCCUAUCAAUAUGAUAGGGAGUUCAGAACAACAGCUUUUAUUAGACAAUUUGUCAGAUACUAUGAGGAGAAUCUGUAAGAGUUUGAGGACAGUUUCUGAAGCCGAACUAAGAGGGUUAGAAUGUUCUCAACAUCGGUUUCGAAACGAAAAUGUCUCGGGUUUUUUUCCAAUGUCUAAGGGAAGCUCUCAGAUAGCAUUUACAAGUGAAGACCAUGAUUUAUUUCAGAUGUCAUUGAAUGAAAUUAACCUAAAGAAUAAUGGAAAUCAAACUACUCAUAGUCAGGCAUUCAGUGGAUCAAGAAAGCUGGCUGAGAAAAAGAGAAGUGCGGUAGAGAAGAAUGUUAGCUUGAGUGUUCUGCAACAAUACUUUUCUGGUAGUCUGAAGGAUGCUGCAAAAAGAAUCGGAGUUUGUCCAACAACUCUGAAGAGAAUAUGCAGGCAACAUGGAAUUUCUAGAUGGCCAUCGCGCAAGAUAAAUAAAGUGAACCGUUCGUUGAAGAAAAUACAAACUGUUCUUGAUUCUGUCCAAGGAGUGGAAGGAGUGCUGAAAUUUGAUCCUCAAACUGGUGGAUUUGUUGCAGGAGGAUCGAUCAUCCAACAGAUUGGUACGCAUGAUAAAGCUCUUGUGUUUCCCGAGAAAAACUCGGUAGAGAACUCGGCCGUUAAGUUGGAAGAUGAUGGUAUUCUUAUAUCAAAUUUAUGCGAGGAAGAAUUGAAGAAAGACAAUGUUUCUUCUGUUGGCUGUGUUCCAGAUUCAUCGUCAUGGCUUUGUCCUAAACAAAACUCUAUCGGUUCUGUUCUUGAGAUAGAGGAAGAUCGAUGCGAUUUGAACAAUAGUAGUUUGCAUGAUAUUAACUCGAAUAGUUCAUUCACAUUGAUUGAACUAGGUUUGGAUGAAGGAAAAGGAGUUGAACUUAAUAACUCUACUUCUUCAAGCAUGACAGAUUCAUCCAAUGCCUCUGGACCAAUGGUGCAUGGAAGUUCAUCAGGCUCUCAAAGCAUUGAGAACCAAAAGCACUCAAAAGUCAAUUCAAUUUGUGUUGACAGCGAGUCCAAGUUCGCUGUUAAAGCUAGCUUUAGAGGUGAUACUAUUCGCUUCAAGUUUGAUCCAUGUGGAGGUUGUUUUCAACUAUACGAAGAAGUUGCAACAAGGUUUAAGUUACAAAAUGGUUCGUUUCAACUCAAGUAUCUAGAUGAUGAAGAGGAAUGGGUGAUGUUGGUGAAUGACUCAGAUUUGAAGGAAUGUGUGGAAGUUUUGAGCGAUAUUGGCACACAAUGUAUGAAGUUACUUGUUCGCGAUAUACAUGGCAGUAAUAACAGUUGA